AUGACAAACCAAGUGAGCCUUGUAGACAAACGGAUGCGAGAUGGUACAGAAGGACCAAUGAUCGACACCAACAACAAACGACGAAAGGUGAUUGCUGCCGAAGUCACCAAGGUCAACGAAAACAAGACAUCAUCAACUAAAGUGGAUCCAACGGAAUUGGCGUCCGCCUUUGCCUUGGCGUCUCUUGCCUCUAUCUCAACGUCAACGACACCACGAACCAACAACAAGAGCAAACAAGAUAAAGAAGAUAGUGUCAAGAAGGCUGAUACGUUUGAAGAAGCCCGAUCCCCAAAACCCGAAGAACCUCCCAUGUCUCCAGAGCACAGAAACUCGAGUCACAGGGAAGAACGCUCAGAAGCACCCAAGGAAGCUGCUGUCCCCAGUAGCCCAUCUACUCCGGAAGAUUCUGAUAUUACCAUGAGCCGACGAGUGCACUAUGCUCCACACGGCAAGCACUUCAUGCCAUCACCAGCCACCCCACAUGCAGCUGGUGAUUCCAGUAUUCGAUCACCAGCCCCGCCAACACCCAACCCAACAAGAAGAUUGAUUGUUCCUCCAAGGCAGAUGGCUCCUCGACCACCAGCAAUACACUUGGCAAGACCACCUCCUCCACACUACAUGAGCAGUCCAAUGAACAGUGGUUUCGCUCGGUUCCCGUCGCCUCGUCAAGCUCACAUGCAUCCACAACACAUGUUCCAUCCACAUUCUCCACAUCACCACUCUAUUCACCACCCUCAAAAUCCUCAUCAUCUUCAACAAUCACCAAGAGGAUGGUACUCUGCUCCCAACCCGCACAUGUAUCCUCCUCCGCGCAGCUUGAUGCAGCCACCACUGCAGCACCCCGAAAAGCCCUGGAUCUGCGAUCACUGCAAUGUGGCAGCCUUUGCUACCUAUGAAGGUGCCUGUUCUCACGAAGCCAUCUGCAGACAUCGCCUUUCCAACCAUGCCCAUAGCUUGCGCAGUGGAAGUGAAGACGAACGAAUUGGCGUUGAGGAAGCUCCGCAAUCCAAGCCAGCCCCCUCGUCUGCUGCCACAGUCACCAAUCAAAAGUUCUAUGAAGGAUCUCGAUCCUUGUCCAUGAAGGAUGACAAUGAAUGGUUGUCUGAAAUCAACUGUUUCGUUCGAGACCGUUGUAUUGAAGUCUUUUCGGCAACUCCAGAAGAUGUGGCUCGCACCUCCAAGCGCGCUGGAAGACUGGUGGAAGGCCAAGUGGGCAUUCGCUGCACGUUUUGCACCGACUGUCCCGCAAAGGACAAGUCGGUGGGAGCCAUUUCGUUUCCCACAUCGGUCGGUGGAAUUUACGAUGCCGUCAAGAGAUGGCAGCGAAUCCACUUGGAAGUCUGUGAGCACGUUCCUGAAAACGUCCGCACCAAGCUCAAUGCCUUGGCCAACAGCAACGUUUGGGUACCAACGACUCGCCAGUAUUGGGCCGACUCGGCCUUGGCUUUGGGAAUGAUGGAUACUCCAGAUGGUAUCCGAUUUGCCAAGGAUCCUUCGGAGCCAGUGAGCAAGGGUUUCAAGAUGAAAUUGGCCAGAGCUUCUGCUGCUACACAACAAACCGACAAGGUCGAAGCUGGUUCUUCCAAUCGCGAAGCAGCAGCAACUACAAUGAAAACCACCACCCAAGGGGGGUCAUCGAGCAACCACUACGUCGUUGCACCAGAAGACCAGGGAUCCAUUCCACCAUAUGUUCAUUUUUUGAUGAGCCAAGUGGAGCCAUGCCAGUUCACUGAAGCGGAUCGAUUUGUGGCUCGCUCCAAGGGACCCGUUGGCUACCCAGGAUUCCAGUGCCGUCACUGCAAUGGACAUGCUGGUUUGGGGAAGUACUUUCCAGUCUCGUCCAAGAGUCUUGCUACCAACUCUACUAGUCAAAACAUCCACGCGCAUUUGCUCAAGUGCCGCAAGUGUCCACAACCGACCAAGGAUCAAUUGUUGCAACUCAAGAUUCAAAAGAGUCGAUCCGCUCGAAUGGAACCAGGUUGGCGAAAGAUCUUCUUUGACAAGGUUUGGGCACGACUUCACGCCGGAAACAAUGGUGUCAAGAAUAUGUAA